AUGUCCCUCACCGACUCCCUCACCACGGCGCUCCGCCGUAUCCCAAUCCCAUCUCCCCUCCACGACCAUCGCACCGCGAUCCUAGCCAGCGCCGCCGUCCUGGGAACAUCGCUCAUAUUCCCGGCCGCGUACCGCGACUACCAGCUCUUCAAGUCCUACGGCCAGGGCGGGAUCCCAAAUAACCUAGCCGGAUGGCUAAUCGUGCGCCUGCUGAUGCAACCACUGGGCCGCGAGAUGCUCAGCACAGACGAGUACGAGCGGCGCGUCGCGGCGACAGCGGGCCAGGGCCCGGGCAGCGAGGGGUAUCUGCUGGUCUCGGAGACGCAACUGGCGUCGCGGAGUGCGGCGGCACGGCCGUUUGUCGGGCCUCAUGUGGUGCCGCAGCGGCAGAUGACGCAGCUUCCGGAGCAGGCGAUUAUGGAGAAACUCCGCGGUUCCUUCCUUGCCUUUGGGCGGCGCAAUGAGCAUCUUGUCAAAUUGAGCCAGUCGCUGGCCGAGCGCCAUAGCGACGCCCUUUUCCUCGCGGAUCAUCUGCGUCCCACUGAGAUCACUCAGCGCACGCGCGGCGAGAUCUCCCAUGUUCACACCGGGAAGGACCAUUCGCUACAUGUAAUUCUCGCGCCGGCUGACUGCAAGAAAGUCAUUGACGCAGGCUGGGGCCAGCGCCACGCCUUCUCCGGCACCGCCGCGAUGUCGAUCCUGUCUCUGGGCCUGCUACCCGGCAUCCCGUGGGAAUAUCUGCUCAUCUACGCGCCCCGCACCGAGGCCGAGAUCGAGACGGUCAUGCAGAUAGUGGCGGCGAGUGUCAAGUUCGCGACAGGACGCGAGGAUGUGCGGUGA